CAGUCCAGUUUCGAGACGUCAGUUUCCCCCGAGCACGGUGCAAGUGCGGACACUAUAAUUCUGUUGAGCACUGCGAGGAGAAACCUGUCAUGUGUUAACGGGCGUUUCUUUCGUCCGUAAUACUGCUACUGGUGACUGAAUCCGCGCUUCGGACUUUAUCUUCGCGCCUGAGGAACUGUCAGCGUUUCCAAACACCGUCAGCAGGUGAUUAUGGUGGCCAUGGCGGCGAUGGAGACGACUCAGAGCAGCCCGGCGAUGCAGGGCCGAGCGGUCAGCGUGAGCGUCGACUCCCUGGACGUGGUGGCGGCUUCACACUCCACUGGCGCCCAGGGGGCGGCGGCAUCCACUCCUAGCGGUGCUGCAGACUCGCUGGCAGUCGUCGACCCGGCCGACCAGGACGAAAAAGUCGUCAAAGUGGAGUUGGCCAACUUGUCAGCCGCGACAAGCAAGGAGGAUAUUGAUGACGAGGAUGGAGAAACGGAGGAUGAUCUGGAGACUGUGAAACCGAGAGGGAACGCGUGGGCGGCGAAAAAGACGGUGGCGCAGGGAAUGAUGGACAUUGCGCUGCUCACCUCCAACGCCAACCAGCUGCGCUACCUCAUCAUGUACGGCAAGCAGAGCAGCACCUACGUCAUCAGCAUCACGCUCAUUGCCAUCAGCAUCUUACUGCAGGUGGCCGUGGGCGUGGUGCUCAUCUUCAAGGGCAAGUCUGACUUGAAGGGCGAGGAGAAGAAAGCGCACGCCAAUAAACUCAACAACUACGUGGUGGUGGGCGUCUUCCUCGUCACCAUCAUCAACGUGUUCGCAGCGUCCUUCAGCGACGUCUCGCCCGCGCCCGCUUCCCCUUAGUCUUCUGUAGUGUCCACUUAACGUUGUAAUGUACACGACAGGCAGUCAGGCAACGCCACCUAUGUGUGUACAGUGUCAGCCCCAGACCUUCUUGUACAGUUGUACUUGUGUGCGUGUUAUGUGCCUUAGUGCGUGACCAAUUUUUUACAUUCCUUAUAAAAAAGCUGUUAUCUUUAUUCUUCGAAAGUGACUGAGAAAAGUGAAACAGCGGUUUAGACAAUGGACCCGUAUACUGGAAUGAGAUUUUCACUCUGCAGCGGAGUGUGCGCUGGUGUGAAACUUCCUGGCAGAUUAAAGCUGUGUGUCGGACCGAGACUCGAACUCGGAACCUUUGCCUUUCGCGGGCAAGUGCUCUACCAUCUAAGGUACCCAAGCACGAAUCCAAGCGCCGCCCUCACAGCCUUGCUUCUGCCAGUACCUCGUCUCCUACCUUCCAAACUUUACAAAAGCUCUCCUGUAAGGCAGGAGACGAGGUACUGGCAGAAGUAAGGCUGUGAGGACGGGGCGUUAGUCGUGCUUCGGUAGCUCAGAUGGUAGAGCACUUACCCGCCAAAGGCAAAGGUCCCGAGUUCGAGUCUCGUCCCGGCACACAGUUUUAAUCUGCCACGAAGUUCCGACUCGUAUACUGGUUGAUUGCGUUUCAAAUCCCGUUAUGGACAUCUUCACUUAGGUUUCCUGCGAAUGGCGGGAUGAUUGUUACUAUAGGGGUGUGGCUGAUUCCCUUUCUCGUCGUUUCCGACUGAGUUUGUCAUCUUUCUCGAAUGACGUCUACAAGACGCUCUAGUUUAACAUAAAAUUUACCAUUGUGCGCUGAUUUGGUUUGGUAGAAUUAUCGCCCCUGUUAGAAGGUCGUGAGAAUACACACAAAGAAUCGCGGAUGCUAUAAACCAGAUCGUAUUCACUAUUCUGAAUCCAUCAUUUCGUAAAGUUGCAUCUUUGGCUGGACGUCCCAGUCGGGAACCGGCUGAAAGUUUUCCAGACUAGGCCGUGCGGGAUUAGCCGAGCGGUCUAAGGCGCUGCAGUCUUGGACUGUGCGGCUGGUCCCGGUGGAGGUUCGAGUCCUCCCUCGGGCAUGGGUGUGUGUGUUUGACCUUCGGAUAAUUUAGGUUAAGUAGUGUGUAAGCUUAGGGACUGAUGACCUUAGCAGUUAAGUCCCAUAAGAUUUCACACACAUUUGAACAUUUUUUUUUCAAAACUAGGGAAAUGUAUAUUAGCUAUUCGAUUUCAGUGAUUUCCAAAAGUAGGCGACGUAUUGCUUUGUGCGUUGGCGGCCGAGCUGUGUAUCGCGUGGAUUUGUUGUCCUCUUCUUAUGCUUGGCUAUGCCUACGUUCGUGUGUACUUCCCUGAUACUGAACGGAAGCAAGAUUGGGUUUAACGUCUCGUCGACAGCGCGGUCAUUAGAGACGGAGCACGAGUUCGCAUUGCGAAACAAUGGAGAGGUAAUCUGUCGCGCUUUUUUCAAAGGAACCAUCCCAGCUUUUGCCCGGAGAGAUUUAGGGAAAUCACGGAAAACCUAAAUGUGGAUGACCGGACAGGGAUUUGAAUCGUCGUUCUCCCGAAUGCGAGUCCAGAGUGCUUGCCCCUGGUACAAGGGGGGAAAGCAGUUGUCUUAUUCCCCUUCGCCUUAAUACGUGACCAUAGUGUUCUGUGUUGUUUAGGUUACGGCUGUGUGGUCAGAGAUUACUGAACCACCUCUCAUGAUCAAGUUACCCAACGUGCUUUUGUGUUGAACACUUGACGUUUACCUUAAACUGGUAAAAUUAUUUAUUCAGAGGCGACAAUGAUGUCUUUUGAAAAGUUUUAUAUGAGUGUGAACUGCAUCCAAGAAAAAUUGAUCAAUAUUCUGAUAUGUGGGAAAAAUCAUCUGAAAAUUUCUCGUUGAUUCUGGGAAGAUAUACGAUCAUUGUUGAUUAUUGCACUGCGACCAUUUAUUUAUCUGCAAACAUUAAAGA